AUCAGACAACAUAGUAAUAAAAUAAUUCAGACAAGAGAAACACUUUCAAAUAUAUAUUUAUAUUUUCAAUACAAAUUAAUGAAACUGAUACUUAAAGCAGGUAAUAUAUGCUGUAUAUGUAAGAACGUUAUUUUUGGUGUUUAUUGUAUUUUAUUGAUCAAACGUCUCAGCAGGUAGCAAAUAAUAUUAGGACAACAAAGCUUGUCUAUUAACAAGAGGUCUCACUUCAACAUAAACUGUAGGAGUGUCCAAUUUUGGUUAAGACAUGUUUAUUCUUCAUUCAGUGAAGUUAUUUGCAGUGAGUAGAGUUUAUUCGAAUAGUAAUAUUACUGAAGUAAAACUAAGCAGUUCAUCUACUCCUAAACUUUAACUGGCCUGUGAUUAAAUAUUUCUACUGUAUCAACUGAAGGGUUGGUUGCUUGGGGAUUGGAGGUAAAUAUUACUUAUAUUUUUGUUGAUGUUUUUGUGUUUUCCAGAAAAUUAAUAUUAUCACAGUAAAACCUAUAAAAAAACAACAGACCCAUUUUGUCAUUUCCUGUUAAGCUAAAAGAUAAAAAAAUAAUAUGUUGGUUGGUUUUUCUACACCAAAACAUCUGUUACUGAGUGGAAAUCAAAUAAAUGUAGCUAAAUUUCAUUUUAUACACUGGUGUAGAUUUUCAGUGGUUGAAUAAAAAGCAACAGGACUUUAGUCAACAAUCACACCAAUCGACCGGUAGCAUCAGUAAUCGGAUAUAAUGACGAAUGAUUGCUCUGACCGUAACUUACUCCGGUACUUCCUGCUUAUGUUCAGAACUGAAGAAACCUUCUGGAUGAGAAGGGAAAAAUCUAGUUGCCCUUUAUUUGAGGAUGUAUCUUUAUUGUCUGUUUUAUUUUUAUUUUUGAGUGUUACCAUAUUUUUGAAAUUUUGGGUUUGUCAAUGACAACCGUGGGAUGGGUUGUAAUAAAAUAAAGUGAUGACACUUGUGGUUCCAACUGUGAAACAAAGAGAUUAAUGGAAACGCGCCAAUUUAGAAAAAACUCACAUUUUCAGUAAAAUGUUUUUGCCCAGGAUGAGGCAGUUUCUCAGCUGUAUCGAAAUUAGUGUAUUUUGCUAAACUGCAAUGGAAACACUUUUUUUUUGAGUCAUGAUCAAAUAUCAGAUGUUACUACUGGUGGAAAUGACAAAGAAGACGACAGGAAGUGGUAGAAGGAAGAUGGUGUGACAAUUUUUAAUAAUCUAUUGCUUGAACAAAGUUAUCCACGUGUGAAUUUUAUUGCAUUUUUUUAUUUAAUGGAAGCACUAUAAUUCUGAAAUUGUGUUUUUUGACAUUCAUAGAAUAUCAACAAUGUUUUGCGCAGCUUUUUCUGCUAAUAUGGAUUCUUCCUUAGGGUUAAGGUCUAUAUUUUUUGUUAAUCUGCAUUGGAUUUGAAGAAUUUUCCAAGGAAGCUAUGAUAAAUUAUCUUUACCAGGAAAUCCUUGAUCUACUCUGAGGUCUAAAACAUCUUUACAAUACGUUUUGCAGAUGACAAUCGUAGUAAAGCUAAAAACCUGGUUCAUUCCGAGUUAUUUUCCCCAAUCCUUCGAUGUGAAUCCAGACUCCUUAGGGAGGAAACCAAUUUCAGCCACUUGUAUUUCCAAUCUCUAUGUUUCAGUCACAUUUUGGCUCAAGGGCUUAGGUGAGAAAUGGAGUGUCAAUCAAAUAGUAAAGUUAAAGAUUUGACUUUAAGGCCGGUUUUCUCUUCAACAUUAUAUCUCUUAGGCUUUGUACAGCCAUUUUCUGUGGACAAUCAUGAAAAACAUGUUGAAAAUGAGGGACAUAUAUGUCUUUUAACAAUUUCCAGCGUUAUUUAGAUGCCAGGUAACUUCUUAAAGUCGACUUCUUUUCAACCUUUCACCACAUAUGGAUCUGUUUUAGACCAGUGAUCCCUAAAGAUCACUCAUUAUCCUCCAUAGUUUAGAGGUGAUUCAAAUAAAUCCACUUUCCAUCUAAUAAGUUUGUAAUAAGAUGACAGCUAUUUAAAUCUUUUGUAUGGCAACAUUAAAACCUGUAAAACAUCCUGGACAGAACAGUGACCCAGAAAGUGAACAAACACUGAAGUCUUGCCUGUCGGGUUUCUGCUGAGCACCGCCAUUUUGAAUGUCAAGAGCUGCUCAUUCAACGCUGGUUUUGCAAUGUGACAUUUCUAAUUUUGGAAGUCCGUCAGCAAAUGGGUGCUGAAGGAGAUGAGAUCAGGUAUGAUUUCAGUACAAUAAGUAGCAUUAGCAACACUGAAGGGCCCAGAAAGAACCAUUUUCCUGUAGUUGGUUCAGAUCGAGGCAGGUCAGGUUUCAGCCAUUGUAAAUUGGUAAAAAUAUGCAGGGAAAUGGCAUUUUUAAAUCACAUAUUACAAAACUUAGAAAUUUUAAUUAUUUUGUGUUGUUACUUUAAUUUCUUAGUGUUGGGGAAAUUGAAAUGUAAUCUGUGUAAGUCCAAAAAAUGUUAGAAAAACACAUAGGUUUUCAUAGUGUAUCCCAACUUUUCCACAUUUGUAUAUGGAUAUUGAAUAAAAGUGGGUCGAGAACACUGCCUUAAGGGAACUCCACGUGUAAUUUCUGUUCAUUCAUUUUUAUAUUUGCCAGGUGGCACAAAGUUUUGAUCUGGCAAAUAAGAUGUGAGCCAUUCAAACAUAUUUCCAGUGUCAAAAGCAGCACUGAGAUCAAUUAAAAACAAGACAAGAUUUUAUUGCUUUGCUAAAAUGUACACUAAUAAACCAAUCUCUCACUCCAGCUGCAGAAGAGUUAAUAAACCUUUAAAAGAGGCUCAAAGGUGCAGAAUCUAGAAGUCAACCUAAAACAAACUUUUUCAAUCUUCUGUUUCAUGAAAGAUUAAAAAGGCGUAAAAAUUGUCUCAGUUUUAUUACCCUCGAAAUUAUCUUUCUGCUUGAUUCUCAUUUCCUUCAGUUCUGUCUGGGAUUUCUUCCAUUGAACUCAAUUUCUCCAUUUGUUUACAGUGCAGGUCAUUUCCGUCAAGUCUCAUCGAGCUAGCGCACGGCUAAACGUUAACGACCGGGUAAAAUCAGACCCAAUUGUUUAAAAGUUCAACAGAGUUUACACCUUCAGCUAGCAAUAGCUAACGGUCAAGAACAAACUGCAUUACUGAUUUAGUGUUUACAGUUUUUAAUCGUCUCAUCAUGUUUAGGUUUUUAAACCAAAUACCCCAACAGUAAGUAGCAGCUUUAGUUUUUCAAAUAAUUUUGCUGCUUUCCUAAACAUAUAAUCUUGCCAGCAGAUUUGUUGAACAGUUUCUGGUAUGAAAAACAUCCAGAAAUAGGAUGAUUGACUGUGAAAGUAAUACUGUGAAGAUCACACAUUAAAAACUGAUUUAAUCUUGGCUGAGACAUUUAAUCCUCUCAGGUGGGUGUUAAGGAGAUUGACAUAGCAAAGAUGUGAGAUUGGUUACCUCAAGGCUAAAUCAUUUAAUUCCUGAAGUUUUUCUGAGCCCUGCCAAAGCAUAAAAUUUGUCUCCUGUUAUUAUUCUUUAUUUUUUUCUGUAUUCUCUUAGGUGGAGGUGUCAACAUUAGCAAACACACAUACCCCCAGAAAUUACAGCACAAAUCCAUCACCAAAUCACGUGUCUCUUUGCACAUAGAUAAACGCUCACAUGUAGCAGCUGCAGCUAAGAUUAGAUGCCCAUCAGGUCAAGGAGGAAUAGUCACCCAAACAAACACUCCCGACACCGAGCGCCAAAGAUUAAAAACUCUUUGCAGCUUAUAAAAGAUAAAAAGGAACAUGGUUUUCACUUCAACGAGAAAGCAAUGUACUGGACUUUGAAGAAUAUACUACGACGCCAACAAAAACAUGCAAACUCAUUUGCUGGGGUAUCAAAAUUCACAUUUAAAUGUCUCUCAGCAUGUCGUGUUUUCAUGGUUGAGCCCUGACAGUAGCUGAACAUUAAUCAGAUACAUCCAUAAACAUGCUGGGAAGCUUGUAGGCGCGCUGUUUUUCCCUCCUGCUCCCUCUCUUCUGCUGCAUAAAAAUAAUACAGUGACAUCCAUCUUGUGGCUGUGAAACUCUGCAGGUCAGAGGGAGGUUAAAUGCCUCCCCAAAGGGGACAGGAUUACCCUGAUACCAACAGCAACGGGCUACUUCUAACACCUCAGAGGAAAACCCUCACAUUUAGUGAUGUGGAAAAGUUUUAAAACAUCCCAGAUCAAGCUAAACUCAAUUUCAAAAACUCUUGGACAGAGUUUGUGCAAAGUUUAUUUUACUCAUCAAAAUUAGUGAAGAAUGGUAGGGUUAUCAUAGUUUCUUAUACUUUAGUUUUGUUAUUGUGACUUUUUGUCCAAUUUGGUUAGUUUUAAAUAGUUUUAGAGUCUGUUAGUUUUUAAUACUUAAUAGCUAAAUCUUGCUUAGUUAUAAGUAGUAAUUUUAGUUUUUUCCUAUUUUUGAUAACUUUCAGGUGCAGAAUUCAAAAAGUCAAAGUAUUGUAUUGUGAUUAUGUCUACAAUGAUUUGGUAAUGGAUACUCAACAGAAGAAAACAAUUUCAAAAACAUAUAAAAAUAUUGUUGAACAACCAACGAACUGGCGUUUUUUUCCCAACUUUUACUGUCGCCAUUUUGUGGACUAGUUUAAUUUGCUGGCAGCCAAUGUCAGCUGCUUAUGUGGGAUACAAAAUUCAUAAACACAAAAACAAAUUAUAUUAUUAACACUAAAACUAAUUAGAAUUGUGUGUUUCAAAACAAACUAAAACAGAACUAAACCUGAAAGUUUCUCCAUCUUUAAUAGUUUCUACUAAUGGCUCUUUUGGAAUCACCUUGAUUCAGAUGAAAUUACCGUUUCUGUCGUCAUACAUUAGCAUCUCUUAAAAUGUUCUGCUGGUAAAGUUUCAAGAGAUCAAAAUUCUGGAUUGUAUCAAUAAAAUCCAGUUUAAAAGAUUAGAGUCCAGCUUUCAUAGUAUUGUCCUUCCAGAUGAAUCCUCUAAGCUGUUUCUAUUCCUGACAGAAAGGUGCUUUAUCAACCGUGCCCAUCAGAUUCCUGGACGCCUUGACUGCAGCAGCUGUAUUUACAGAUGACUUCAUCCACAGAGAUAGACACUCAAACCCCAAUCUGGCUCCCUGUCCGUCCAACUCUGUUGGAUAACACAAUGUUUGUUUGUUGGUUGAUAUUAAAUUGAAGGCAUGCGCCUGGGGGAUACUCCCUAGAGGACUCGGAGUAAAGGGCAGCUGACAAACACAAAGCCAACAGCGCCAGUGUCCCAGACAUAGACAAGAGCGCCAAGUCUCAGUGCCAAAGAGGGACGGGUCACAGGGCUGUGUUGAUGUGUAUGUGCAGGGGGCUGUCAUGACCUCCCUAUCAUGGUGUCGGAUAACAGCUUCUGCAGACAGAAGAGGACUAAAACAGAUGGAAACUUAUGCAUGGAUACCUACUCACUCCUCUACAGUUCCUCACACAGAACCGGACUCCUCUCUGGCUUCCAGCGUUUGCGGGAUCAGAAGAAGAUGUGCGAUGUCGUCCUGGAAGCAGGCGGUGUUUCCUUCCCAUGUCAUCGCAGUCUGUUAGCGAGCUCCAGUGACUACUUCUGGGCCCUUUUUGGAGAGACAACCACAGAGAGAUCAGCAGACUCCAUCAGACUCCCGGCGCUGACGCCUGAGGGUCUGGAAGCCAUUUUGGAUUUCUUGUACUCAGGGUGGUUGAGCAUUUCUUCCUCCACACUUCCUGUUGUUGUGGAAGCAGCCCGGUACCUCCAGGUGGAGGCGGCGCUGUCAAUAUGCGAGCGAUUUAUGGCGGAUGGCUUAACUGCUGAUAAUUGCUGCUACUAUGCCAAUCUGGCUGAGCAACACUUCCUCCUGAAUGCACUUGAGGCUGCAAAUCAAACCAUUGCCAAGAAGAUGUCGGUUCUGCUGCAGAAAAGCAGGGUUGUUCUCCUUGGUUUGAACUUUCCGUCGCUGAUGGCAGUGCUAGAUGCAGACAAGAUACCUGGGGUCAAGGAAGUGGAUCUCAUAAGACUUUCUCUAGACUGGCUGGAUGAAAAUGGGCCCCUUCCACUGCUAAAGUCAAACCUUCUACUGAGUCGUCUACGCUUCGGAUUGGUUGCGCCUUCAGAGCUUUCUGACCUUUGCCAUGGAAAUAGGGCCAUGGCCACUCCUCUGAUCAGAAGUCAGCUGACUCGGGCUCUUGAGUACCAUCAUAUGGGUUCAGCUCAGCCAACAGCACAAAGCAGGCAGUCGACCCUUAGAGGAUCACCCAAUCAUGUGCUUCUUGUUGGUGGUGGGGUUAGCCCUGAUUGGCCAGAGCAACAGGUGCUGGCGUUCGACACCUGUAGCAGGAAGUUUUCAUCGCCAGGUUUUGCUCUACCUCUGAGACUCAGAAAUGCCUGCGUCUGUUCAGUGGGAGGUUUUCUCUUCGUGAUUGGCGGUGAAGACAUGAAAAAUAGCGAUGAGAAGUCUGUCACUGUGUCGACCUCAAGCCAAGUCUGGAGGUACGAUCCACGCUUCAACCACUGGAAGCAGAUGGAGUCCAUGCUGGAGAGGCGGGUGCAGUUCACCUUCUGCGUGGUGGAGGACGUCAUUUAUGCUAUUGGGGGACGACAGUCACAUCCGAACUCCAUGACGUACACUUCCUUAGCUUCUGUUGAGUAUUACGACAUGGCUUCAGGAGUGUGGCGGAGAGCUGCAGCGAUGCCUUACCCUCUUCACGGCCACGCAUCUACCGUGCUUGACAAGAGUAUCUAUGUGACAGGAGGACUCCCUGCCCACCAGGGCCGCAUCCAUGUUAGUAACCAGGAUGUAAACAGGGAAAUAAGUAGUGAAUGCAUCUCUUGGGACCUGAAGCCCACAGUCUGGGAAAAGAGGGCAUCCAUGUCCAUCCCAAGGUUUGGUCAUAGAUUGGCAACCGCCCACGGUUACAUUUAUGCCCUGCUGGGGAUGUACGAGCAGUUUUGUGACAUUGAACGGUACGACCCUCAGUCGAACCACUGGACCCGCCUCAAACCACUCGCAAACGGCUUGUUCAACUACGGGAUGUUAACCAUGGCAGGUGGGAAUCUGCUGGUAUUCGGCGGUAGGAGGUGGAGCGACGGACAGCAGGUGACUGUAAGGAACGUGCUGGAGUAUGAUACGAAGAAAGAUCAGUGGAGAGAAAUCGCCCAGCUCCCAAGACCUCUGACUGGCACUGAGUGCACUCUGCUGCCUCUGCCGGACUAAUAGACCCAACCUUAACAUCUAUAAGAAAAGUAUCACCUUCAGAAUAACUGUUGAAUUAUCUCGUUCAAUUGCCAUGAAGAGAAAUAAAAAGCUGUUGCUGAAAGCUUUAAUGCCAGUGGUAGAAAUGAGUUGUCCGAGAUGAAAAUUUGAUCAACACUCAACACAUUUACUUUCCACCUUAAAGCUGCAGUAGGUAACAGGUCUUAGCGCUGUCAAUCAAAUCUGGAUACUCGCUGCUAAAUGUGCUAAUGGCAGAGAAAUAACUUACCGUAAUGGGAAAACCGUUUAUCCGUGGAUAUCUGUGUGCAUGCUAACUAGCCUGCGCAUUCACAACAUGCUAUGCUAGCUGCAGCUGAAGGUUGACAGAGGAUGA